GUUGAUUUGGAAGGUAAUAUUCUUUUACGAAAAAUAAGGAUAAUCCUAGAGAAGUACUCUUACCACAUUUGGCGGCUAAAUUUCUUUGUUUAAUAAUAAAUAAUAAGAUCUGUAGCACCCUUGUAUCAAAUUCAGGAUCUAUAGCACCCUUGUAUCAAAUGUGAAGUGUCUAUUACCAUGAGUGCGGAAGCUAUCAUUGUGGUUGGGCCACUCCUUUGGAAAUGUGUAAACUGUAAUUUGCUUAUGUCAUGGCAGCAUAGUGUAGAUAGCCACCUCUUAACCAAACACAAAGCAGAGAUUAACCCAAAUCUUAAUCUUGAAAUCCCAGAAGAAAAUUUCUGUCGCAUUGUAGAAUGUUCCUGCAACAAAGCUAGGAGAGAGAAUGUUGUGGUGGUUGUUGAAGAAAACGGUGCAGAAUCAACUCAUGAAAUCCUGCACUGUCCUGUUGAAGGUGACGUGGCCUACCUGACAGAAGAGCAACAGCAGCAGGUGGUAGCCUGUGUGCAGGAAGGCAACUGUGUCACAGUGGAGGAUGGAACAUCACAUCUGCUAUUGAAUGUUGUUGACAAGUCUGACGAUGCCAACAAAAUGACUGAGAACCAUCAGGAUGAGAAUUCCCAGACACUUUGUUUAACUUUUGAGAAAAACAGUGAAGAUUUAUCUUCCACUCUCUGCUACUUUGUGCAGACAGAAAACUCAGAUGACAGUCAAGAAGUGUCUGAAAUACUGUGUGAGUUUGCUAGAAAUGAGACCAGGGGAAUUAAAGGAAAUAAAAUCUCUUGUACUGAAGGUGAAUCAGAGAAGCAGGAAGAGUCAGAAACAUUAUGUGGUAUAGUUUUUGAACCAAAUAAUGAAACGUAUCAAGAUGUCUCUAAAAGUGACAAUGUGCCUCCAACAUUAAAAGUACUAUGUAAAUUGGCAGUCGAGGAACACCAGAGAAAAAUCAACAACACUGGAAAUGAGGACUCUGAGAAAGAUGAUAAAAAAUCCACAGACACACCUGAAACCCCCAAAACAAAAGUGCCCAGCCCAGAGGAUGAUCUGCCGAAAGAUUACUCCAUAGUGGCCAUCCAUGGUUUCCAGAUCCCUGCACGCUUUGCUGACAUGGGGGAUGGUAUCAAAAGUUUUAACCUCAACAAAUUUUUAACCUCACUGCCUGGCUCUACAGCUUCUCAGCAGCUAAUCAACCUUGUGAAAUCACUCACUGCUUACAACAUUGAACUCACUGUUAGAGAAGAUGGCGGAUUUCUUUUUCAUUAUAAAAAAGACGGUAAUGAAAAGUCUGAUGCUAAUGAGCAAUCCUGUUCCUGUACCAUAUGCUACAAAGACUUUAUAUCUGUUGAAAAGUUUAUGAGGCAUUUAUAUUUUACAAACCAUGGAAUGAGCCCCCAUAUGUGUGGAAACUGCUUGUGUCUUUUCCACAACCCCUUUGCAUUGCAUAUUCAUCAACUUGAAACUCACUUCAAGCUAACCAAAAAUUUGCCAUGUGUUAUGUGUGACGUAGUGAGGAAAGAUAGUCUGUCAAUCAUCACUCACAUGAACAGUCAUCGCAAGAGUAUACUGGCAUUUAAAGGCAUUGAAACUCCUGUUGGGCUUGAGCCCAAUGAAAACAACAAAGCUAUUCAAAAUAAAAAGAAGGUUACUUUCAAUGAAGAAAAGAAAACUAAAGAGAAAAAAGUUUCUAAGGUUGAAUCUGAAGGUGAGUCAGAUGAUUCAAGCUCAAAUUUAGAAAACAGCAGAUCUAAUGCAUCACCUAAGAAAACUGCAACUUCGGUUUCUGCAAUGCAACAAAAGAAGCGGAAUCAUGGAUUUAUAAAUGUUGCCAAACUGUUUUCCAAAAAGUCACCAAAAUCCAAGGAAAACACAUUGCCCUAUAAAAAAUCUGGCAACGAAAAGGCCACGCCUAAUCUGGGUAAAAGAAAACUUAAUGGUAAGGACAAUAAUGAGGAGGAACCAAGAGGAAAGGUCCAGAAGAGUUCAGAAAAGAAAAGUAAGAAAGAAAGUCCAAAAAGUGAUUCAGACUCUCCUGAUGCCAAAACUUUGCUCCACCAAGAAAAUGAUGAAGAUGAUUCUGGUAAACGGCGUAGCAGCAGGCAAAAUAAAGGAAGAAGUUCUUUUUAUAAAGAAUUUGCUGUUGACUUCCCCUGAUUGAAAAUUCUUUUAGUAUUAUUAAAAUUGUAACUGAUAUAGAGUGAAACCUAAAACUACCAAAUGAAUUAAUGGGCACUUAGGAAGCUUAAAUGAGAACAUUUCAAACAUUUGUUGGAAGUGCCUGUAUAGUGAAUACUAUGUUUAUGGAUUGUAUGUUAUUUUUGUGUGUAGAUUAUUGUUUUAAAAUGUUUUUGUUAUUAUUGCCAUCCUCUGUCAUACAGUUAAUGUCAUUCAUAUAAGAUUAUAAAUUUUGAACAUCUGAAAAAUGAAAAAAAUGUAUUAAGAUUAUAAUGACAGGUUUAAAAUCUUAAUGAGCCUCUAUUCCACACCACAUAGUUUUCCUUGACUGUACAUUCUCUAAAGAUAAUAGGACCUAGAUUAUAUUUACACCAUGUCACUCUUCCAAUAAUAGUACAGGUGAUUUAUUUUUACACUUAAAAUUUUAUCUUGUUCUCUGUUUAUUUAAUGUGAACAUUAGUUGUAAAUUAAAAAGUAAAUAAAC